CUACUACCUACUACUAGCUAAGUAACCAGACCGACCUUAGUACGUAGUCUUCAAGGUAAAUGUUCUUCUGAGCUGCAACGACUCUGGUUCUCAACGGAGUAACCUUUUAGUCGCGCGUGCAUUUCAUUACCUUUCCCUCUAUUGAGGUUCAUUUCAUUUCUUAUCCUGUCUCUUUCCCCCGGUCUUUCUCUUGUUCUUUGUCCUUUCCUCAUCUCCUCCAUUUACCAUCGGAACCUGGUCACAAUGGUGGUGGACAGCGAGUUGGCGCCAAAGUUCGCCCCCUUCUUCUCUUUUGCAGGGAUAGCUGCAGCUAUGAUCUUCGGAUCAAUGGGUGCAGCAUAUGGAACCGCUAAGUCCGGCAUUGGUAUCUCGGGUGUGGGAACGUUUAGGUCGGAUCUUAUCAUGAAGUCGUUGGUUCCGGUCGUUAUGUCUGGUAUCAUCGCGGUGUACGGCCUUGUCAUUGCAGUCCUCAUCGCACAGGACAUGCAACCACCUCCGCUACAAAGGAUGAGCUUAUAUACUGGGUUCAUGCACCUUGCAUCAGGACUGUCGGUUGGCCUCGCAGGCAUGGCUGCCGGAUACACUAUUGGAAUUGUUGGAGAUGCGGGUGUACGUGCGUACCUACAGCAAUCUCGGGUCUACGUCGGGAUGAUCCUUAUCCUCAUCUUCGGCGAAGUGCUUGGUCUCUAUGGACUUAUUGUGGGCCUGAUCCUGAAUUCUAAGAGCCACCCUUAAACCGAGUUAGGCGUUGCAUUUUGAUACUCGAUAUGUUGGUGACUUGCACUUGACUGCUUUACCAACUUUUUUGAAAUUCUUCUAUACCAAGGGCCCACCACUUCAGAUCAUGGGUUAUUUAGACGACUGCGAAGGCAGCAGCGAUCUGCUUCCCCUUCUGCGGCCACGCUUUGAAUGUCCCCCGCGGGUGUUCCGGUUGGAACAUCAUCCCCUUUUAGCCUUCGGGAGACUGUACUAGUAUAUGCCUACACGCUUUGGAUAACAAUGACAAUAUUGAAUCUUAUA